ACUGUUUGAACUUGUUAAGCAUGACUGUUUUCCUUCCAGAUGUUCUUUAUCUGUUCUCUACUUAUAUUUUUACUUUUAAUCUAUGUUGUUUUAUUAUUGCUGUGUGGCGCAUCUUUCUUGGUGCCAUAUCGUACCAAGUUUUUUCUGCGUUUAAAUAAAUAAAUAAUAGGCAUAACCAUUGUAAGAAGGUCAGUAAAAUUCUUCCACUUCUUUCUCGGUGGAAUAUUAAAUCGGUAGUUCUAUAUAGUCCAUAGACUUGGCACUUCAUCAAAGCAUAUCCAACAGGCCAUUGUAGACUUUUAUCAACAACUGUUUUCGUUGGCUCGAUAAUAGAGAUCAGAUGGCGGCCGGUCAGAAGGAACUCCAACAACAAACUAAUUAUUUAGGAACUUAUCAUUCAACAAAUACACUCUAUAAAAUAGAGGUGGACUGGACACACACGAUGGAGGCGAUAUUUGAGCGACAUUACACGUUCCACAUCCUCGAGGAGAACAUGAGCGGGAAAAGACAGGUAAGUAGGAUGCCGGAGUGCGGCAUAGACGAUAUCGUACAAGCAGGAGGCAAUGAAAGCUUAUGGUCACCAGUGGAGCAAGCUAAAAAAGAAAACAAAAGACGACUGCUACGAAGAGCGCGAAAUGGAGGUAUGCUGCUAGAGCCCUAAUGUAC